GACCGUAUCGGAAAAGUCAGCGGAAGGGUAUUUUAUGGUAAAACCGUGGUUUAACCGUAGUUCAACGGUUAUACUGGUAAAUGCCGCAUAUCGAUUUAGCCUCCGAUACUGAUAUUUCGUGGUUGAACCGCCGGUACAGUACGGUUUAAUGGACACUGGUAUAAAUACGGUCUCACUCCAGUUCAGUUUCCAUAUAAUAACCUUCACCGGCCAUUAAAAUAUAGUUCUUACUUCUCUGCAGGUCCCCCGGCCGGCCAGCUUCUCAUCGGAAGAAAAUGACAACACCACGGCAGUUGAUCAUGGCCGUUCUCGUCGCCCUUUCCGCCUUCUGCCUGUUCUUGUGCCAUCCCUGCGCCGCGCAAACAACUGCCACCUUCUAUGCUCCUCCUUACACACCGUCGAGGUGUUACGGGAACGAAGAUCACGGAGUAAUGGUAGCGGCAGCAAACGAGGACACCCUUUGGGACGGCGGCAACGCCUGCGGGAAGAGUUACAGAGUGAAAUGCUUAAGCGAGACGAACGGCGGCGUUGCGGUGCAGUGCAGAGAGGGUGAGACCGUGACGGUGAAGAUCGUCGACGUAUGCCCUUCCGGCUGCCGAGGCACCAUCGUCUUGUCGAGAGAAGCUUUCGCCACGAUCGCCGUUCUCGACGAGGAGAAAAUUUUCGUCGAACAAAGAAUUAGUGUCUCCCUGGAAACGUAGCUCUCAUUCCUCUCUUUUUGGCCUUUGUCGUCUUUUUAAUACAUGUAGCGACGAAUAAAAAAAACAUAUAACGACGAACAAGAAUGCUGCUUUCCACGGCUUCUGUUUUUAGUUACUAUCGAAAUAAAUUAAUACACUAAGAUUAUUUGAAUUUUGGGAUUUUUUCGUAAGCAAAAGAACAAAUGGAAUUACGUUGUUGGUGUCUUCCUGAACAUUUAAAGUUUCUUUUUUUUUAUUAGAGUGAUAUAUGAUUUAAAUUUUUUUUAUUAAAGUACUACUUAAAGGAUUCGAACAAUACUAAUGGUAUUAUCACUAGACCAAACCCCUUGUUUGUUAAAAGUUUCCUUUUAUAUUUAGAGAGCAUCUCCGUGACAGCCGAUUGAUCAAUGGUUAGUGUUUUAUGAAGAAGAAGCAUGGUACUUUUUAUUUAAGGCCGAACACAUUUCAUAAAUCUUCGAAGAUCGACGCCAACUUAUUGCGACGGCUUCUCCUGUUCCAGUCCUUUUUGGUGACGGUUUCUUUUACUCGCUGCGAUGUGGUCGUCUCCGCAAGUGGAUAAUAAUUCAAGAUUUAUAAAAUUAUGGGCUUUCAUUUCUCAUGAAUAUACGUAGCAAUUGUCAUAAACCAGUUGAUCCCAAUAGCUCGAGUUGUUGGGAGAAUGUUAUGCUGGAUCUUAUACCACUCUCUAACAUGUCCCUCAAACGAAAACCAACCCAUGUACUUGAAAUUUGCACAGGCCCGUCAUACCAUGUGCUUUAAAGACAACGGUUAAUAUUGGGGGUCGUGGAGAUUCGAACAUACCAGCGACGUCUGUGGCUGAAGAUGUGAUGAUCUACUUCAUAUACCUAAUUAAUCCCUUUCUAUAAGUCUACAGUUUAACUAGAACGUAGUUCUCGAUCUCGAUCUUUUCCUCUCUUGUUGAGCCUUCGUCUGCUUUUUUUUUAGCACAUAUAGCGACGAAUAAGAAUGUUGCUUUCCACGGCUUCUUUUUUGUAUGUAUGUGUUUAUUAUAGAAAUAAAUUAAUAGAUAAAGAUAGAUUAGGUAUGUAUUUUAACUAACUCAGGUUAAUGACAUUGUGCUUUCGUUUCGACGAACAAAACGAGAAACUGCCACAAAUAUACUUUUUGUGAUGUUGAUUCCUCAUCCGUCAUUAAUAAUAAGUGACUGGUCACGAAUAAUAUAAUAGACAACCAGUGCAUUUGACUUUUCUUACUAUGCUAUCAGCACCCAAUAAGUUCUGUCAUAAAAGGUAUCUAAUUGUUUUUAAGCAAUCAGAGAUAUUACCGUCAUGAAACGCUUACCAUAAUCAACUUUUUCACGGUAAACAAAAACAAUUUUUUAGAAAAAAAAUAUUAAUAGUGGCAUUUUCAGGUAUUUAUUUUUGUACAAAUGUUGUACUAUUUAUACAUGGGAAAAGGAUAUAAAACUCAGAACAACAAAACCUUAUAAACAUGAAUUUUACAAUGUUAUGUAGCACCGGUGCUAUAGGUUUUUGUUUUUAUGGUACAACUUGAAGUUUAUACUUUUAACGUUGUGGUACAACUUCAGAUUGUACCUAUACUAUUUGUACAAAUUCUUUUAUGGUACAACUUGAACUUGUACCUUUACGUGACGGUACAACUUGAACUUGUAAAGUUGUACUAUAACAUAAGAGUACAAAUUCCUUUAUGGUACACCAUGAACUCAUACAUUUAACGUUAUGGUACAACUUUAGUUAUACAUUAAAGCACCAACGCUUUAUAGCAUAGUAGAAGUGCUCCCUUAUAAAUUUCAUGUCUUACCAAACCUUAUAAGAAUCAUGCCGCCCCUGAUAGGAUCAAAUCAGGAUGUAGUAUAUGAUUCGUAUCAGAAGUGGCAUGACACAUAUCUUGCAUAAUAUUAGCCCCCGAGUUUUGUACCGUAACCAAAGCGAAGUUAAUUUGUCUAACUUCUAACGUAAAUCAAUCCUUUCACAGACUAAUCAAUUACGCGCAAUACGAAAUAUAUGUUUUUAAGUUCA